UGUAAAUCAUAUUCGCGUACCAGCGGGCCAUUCAGAUGCAAGCUCCUUUGCACACAUCGCAAAUGAACUCAGCUCAGCGAUUGCUUGAAACCGGCUUUUACAAUAAUACAAAUUACAUUGCUUGCUCAGGACGUCCACUGAGAGAGAACCUUCAUUCAUCGCUAAACUGUAAAUUACGAGAAAGUCAAACUUACCCCAAGUUGUCCGCAAUAAGGCAAUAGCCAUGGCAAUGGUUAGACGCAACCUGACCCACGCCCAGCAGGAGCGCCAGCAGACUGAGAACCGGCGGAAGGAGGAGGUCCGGCAGGACCACGUCAAGCGCCUGCACCAGGAGAAGCUGUUUGAGGCCAACAUGGCCAGUGAAGAGCGGGUGGAGACCAAGAGAUACAUCCGACAGAUGCAGAAGGAGCAGAUGGAACGGGAGAUGCUGGAGAACACAGCCAGGGCCCAGCAGAUGAGGACGCAGCGAGAGCAGCAGAUGCAGCUGGAGGAGCAGAUGGCCAGGACCAUGGAGCAGAUGAAGCUGCAGGAGAAGCGGGACCAUCUGAUCCGCCAGCAGAUCCGGGAGAACAGCGUGGAGCUGAGGGAGCUGGAGAGGGCCCUCAAGGCUGGCUAUAUGAACCGGGAACGCCACGCCCAAAUCGCCGAGAAGGAAGCCGUCAAGUAUGAGAAGACGGCACGAGAUGCUGACAUCGCCCGGAUGAUGAAGGAGGAGUCGGCCCGUGCCGAGGACGAGGACCGGCGCAAGAUGGAGGAGCAGUACCACGAGAAAGUGCGCUACCACCAGGAGCUGGAGAAGCAGCUGGAGGAGCAGGAGAAGAAGAAACAGGAAGACUACGAGGAGUUCCUGAAGGAGAAACUCAUGAUCGACGAGAUUGUGCGCAAGAUUCACGAGGAAGAUGAGAGGGAGCGGGAGUUGUACCUGAUGAAGCAGCGGGCCACGCAGCAAUACAUCACCGAGUUCAAGGCAGCCCGGGAGGACUGGAAGCAGAAGGAGAAGGAGCGCAUGGAGGAGGAGAACCGGCGCAUCCUGGAGUUUGCCAGCAUGCAGCAGAUGCGAGAGGAGGAGAGGAUGGAAAGCAAGAGAGCCCAGGAGGAGGCCAAGGCGGCUGUACAGCAGAGUCUCAGCGAAGAGAUUGCCCAGAAGCGGGCUGCGGAAGAGGAGAUGGCCAACAUCCGGCAACAGCUGUACCUGGAGGAGCAGGAGGAGGCUGAGAUCCAGAAGAUGCAGGCAGAGAUCGAGAGACGGUUGAGGCAGCGGCUGGACCUGCAGCAGUCGCGCCGGGAAGAGCUGAUGCUCAAGGAGCUGCGGAAGCAGGCUGAGAAGGAAGAGGAGGAAGAGUUCAAGAAGCAGAUGCUGGCCAAGUUUGCCGAGGACGACCGCAUCGAGCAGAUGAACGCCCAGAAGCGCCGCAUGGCCCAGCUGCAGCACAAGCGGGCGGUGGAGAAGCUGAUUGAGGAGCGGCGGGCCCAGUUUGCCGCCGACCGGCAGCGGGAGCUGGCCAGCCGGCAGGAGGAGGAGAUGCUGGAGAGGCUGCGGCAGGAGAUCAUCGAGGAGGAGCGGCAGAAGCUGCUGAAGGAGCACGCCUCCAAGCUGCUUGGAUACCUGCCCAAGGGCGUCAUCAGAGACGAGCAGGAUCUUGAAUUGUUUGAUGACGAGUUCAAGCGGCGGUACACGGAGAGACAACGGGACUUCUUCGAGGAUGGAGGAUGGGAAUAAAGAACAUGUCCAAAUUGAAUUCAGUGCUUCAGAAGGUUGUCUUAUAAACCAAACAUGUCACUGGUUGCAUCAUUUUUUUGUGGCUGUAUGUUUGUUUGGGUCUUUGCUUUUAUUUUCUUAGAGGUGAAACAAAAUUCUCUUCUAUUUGGUCAACAAACUCUCUUGGACACAUUAACAGGCACUAACCCUCAAGGCGGGACUCCCACUGGUAUUUUCAACAUCAGCUGACCAAGCAGAUAUAAACGGCAAUGUUUGCAGUUUCAAGUUGCUUGAAAAUGCAUAUUGAUGUUGCCACUUUCAUUUAUUUAUAAUUACCAAAUAUUGUCAGUCACACUCCUUGUCUCUUUGUUCUCAUCUACAUGUGAGCCUUGAAUAAAGAAACUCAUAUUCGAAAAGGAUAAAGUCAUUUUACAAGCAUUCAUACCUGUCAUGAAAAAAUGUAAGCAUCCCCUAUUAAACACAAACCGAGGUUACGCACACAUCUUCACUGAUUGGACACGGCAUCAUGAUAACAAACUACAUGUUUAAAAGGCUCUGAAGGUGGUUGGAGGACUGCUCAAGGCCAUCUCCGACCCCGUUGACAUUGUCGGACCGUAUUCUUCGUUAGCCAUCCACACGGACGGAAAAAUGCGGCGUACUCAUGGGCUGCUGUCAUGGGUGCCGUAGUACACCUUUAGUGUUGCAUGUCAUUUUGUAGUCUCUGGGCAUAUGUGCACAUGUGUGAUUAAUUUGGACAGCAUUAAGUCUUUCAUGGGCAUUUUGUAUUCCCUGUCGACAUUGUAAAGUGAAAUACCUGCGGUAUACAGUCAACACUUAAGAUAAGGAACACUCGAUUUUAAGAACACAAAAUACUGUCAUAAAGAGCAAAUUCUGCUUAUCUCCAUUUCUUGAAUUCUUGUGUUUCUCUGUUUUUCCACACCGUUUAUAAAAUAAGUCCUCGUUGUAAGGAAUUGAUGUGAUGAAUCCUGGCAACUUUGUUCUACAUUGUACACUCCUAUCUGAUAGGGAUUUGCAUUGUUCAGACAUCAAGGGAAUGAUUUUGACACCAUUUUUCAUGUGAGGACACCCUGUACAUAAAUUUACAGCAAUAAAAUGUAAAAUGUUCCAAAAUUCUGAGGUCCAAUUUAUAAAUAAAUUAAUGUGUUUGUGUGGCCAUGUAAAGGAAGAGUAGUACGGAAGAGUAGUGGGAAUUCUAUGUACAUAGUAUUAGAUUGGAUCGAUGUGCACAGUGCAUACCACAUGCACUUGGCAACUACCAUUAAUAUCCUUUGGCAAUUAUACAAGUAGACUUAGUGUGUUAAGAUUCACACUUGGAAGAACUCGAAGAGAACGGUGUGGGUGCAUACCAUAAAGGUAAUGUCAGUGACUAUGACCAAGUUUCUUUUCUUGUACAAGUGAAUUUAUUUGCGCUGUUCACAGUUUUCGAUAAAAAGUAGUCCAUGUAUAUACAUAAUGCUCUUGAGACAUUAAAAAAGUGCAAAAGCAUUUGUCUGUA